CUCCCCGCUUUCGUUGUUACGACCAGUUCAAGUAUCGUACAUCAUCAACAUGAAGUUCAGCACUGGUGUCGCCACAUUACUGGCGCUGGCUCCCAGCCAUGGCCUGGCCAAGACUCACAAGCUGGAGUCUAAGAAGAUCCAAGCUGAUAUGAAGACCAAGAACCUCAUGUCGAACCUCGAGGCCUUCAACGAUAUUGCCUUUGCCAACGGUGGUAACAGAGCCUUCGGUCUUCCCGGAUACGACGCUUCAGUAGACUACAUCUUCAAGCGCAUCUCGAAAGUCAAGAACGCGAAAGUUUGGAAACAAAACUUCCCUGCACUCUUCGCCUUUGUAGACUCGAUUGAACUCAAGGUUGAUGAUACACCCGUCUAUGUUUACGGCUUGACCUACUCACCCUCAACCUCCGAAGAAGGCAUCACCGCCGAGAUCGCGCUUGGUCCUGAAGGUGCAGCAGGUUGCGACGCCUCAUCGUACGAUGAUCUCGACGUGAAGGGUAAAAUCGUUCUCGUCCAGCGCUUCCGCUGUCCUACCGGCGGAACUCUUGCUGGAAGAGUGAUCCCUGCUGCUGCGGCUGGUGCGUCCGCUGUCAUCAUCUACCAUGAUCUUACGACGAAUGUGACUGCUGGUUCUCUUAGUCAGCCUGAUCCUGAGAAGCAUGUCCCAGCUGGUUUUAUCAACCUUGUGGAUGGCGAGAAGAUCAAGGAGAGGAUUGAGGCUGGCGAGACCGUCACAGCGCACUUUCAACAAACGCAGACUAUUGAGGAGAGGAUUACGCAGAACGUUAUUGCUGAGACUAAGGGUGGUGAUCCUCGUAAUGUCAUCAUGCUCGGUGCCCAUCUUGACAGUGUUCAAGCCGGUCCCGGUAUCAACGACGAUGGCUCCGGCUCAUCUCUCAUCCUCGAACUAUUCCUCGCCCUCUCAAAGUACAAGACCAAGAACAGAAUCCGCUUCGCAUGGUGGGGCGCCGAAGAAAACGGCCUCCUCGGCAGCAAGCACUACACCUCCACCCUUCCCGCCAAGGACGUCAACGAUCUUCUCGUCUAUCUCAACUUCGACAUGGUCUCCAAGGGUUUCUUCGGUGUCGCUGACACUGAUGGAAGCUCGCAUGGAUCAAAGGCUCCUAAGGGAUCCGAAGUUACUGAGAAGAUCUUUACGGAAUAUUUCGAGAGCAAGGGUAUCGAGGUCACGCCCGCUGUUUUGACUAAUGGCAGUGACUAUGCGCCUUUCUGGCAGAAUUUGAACAAGCCUUUUGGGUUCUUGCAUACUGGUACGGCCGUUGCCCAGGAUCCUUGCUACCACCAGGCUUGCGACACCAUUGACAACCCCGAUUCCAAGACUCUCACCAUCAACGCCAAGGCUGCUGCACACAUCCUGGCUGUCCUCGACGACAGAGGAACAAAGCUCAUCCCCAAGACCAAGACUACUGCCGCUUCAUUGCAAGGUCUCCAGGAGCGAAGUGUCGGACCUGAUCUGGCCCAAAUUGACGAGCUUGAGGCGAUGGGUAUUCGACACUUGGGAUGCGGUAUUCACGAGAUCUAGAAAUUUAUCUCGCAAAGUUGAGUUGAUUAGAAAAUGACGUGAUGAGUUAUGAGGAGUAGUUUGUUGAUAGAUGAAAACAAUCUAAGCGUAUUCGACGCAUGACCUCAUUCACCCGUGAACGUGUCAACAGACUUCCACUUCCAAUUCCUAAACCUCUCAUAAGACAUCGGAUCAGUCCCCCAGUAGUUACAUAUGUCCUCCGCCGUCAACAUCCUCCAAUCCCUUUCAAACUCGGGCGGUCUCGGCGCCGAGGUAUCAACCCCUUCAUCCCACGCUAUAACAUCUUUCCUCUUUGCCCAAUCUUCACCUGUGAUCUUGCAGCCUUUACUGCGCUUACAUCUCUGUCCGCAAGAUUUGCAUGCGUAGUUCUUCCAAUCCUCUGCGUGAUCAAAUUUCCAGGCGUCGGAUUUGCCGUGAGGAUAUGAACAUGAUCGCUGCGUAUGGCCCAUUUUGUUCUUGAGUCUGUUAUCGUAGUAUCUCUUUGCAAGUUCUUCGGUGUUGUAACGUUGGGGAUGGCCGUGGCGAAGAGAGUCUCGGUAAAGUACGUCUGUUGUUAUCCAACAGCUUGAACCUCUUUCGAGAGAUGUCUCGAGAACGUAAUCGCUUUUAGUGAGCAUCACUCCAUCACAUACGUCUUUUGUCUCAAAUUCGGUCGGGAUGGAUGAGUCGACUACGGUGAUCUUCACCCGCUCUUGUUCAAGCUUUUGAAGAAGUUCUCGGUUUGUUGGGUCCUUCAUCUGCGCCUCAGAAAGGUAAACUUCAAAGUCAUCGCGAGUCAUCCUCCAACUGUCAGGCCUGGAGUUCUCCAAAAGCCAUUCAAGUAUAAAAUUGUCGAAAGGAUUGGAAUGGCCGAUGAUGUAGUGGUGUCGGAUACCAGAUGGAGGUGAGCUGCGAAGUCGUCGAGCACCAGUUCCAGCAGGAUCAUUAUGAACUUUCUGACCGACCCAUGACCAUAGAAGCAUUCUGAGAUUGGCCCAACAGCUCUCGUAAUAUUCUCUUUCUUUGUCUUUGUCGAUAAUGGUUCGUAUGUAAGCAGUUCUCGUUAUUAUCGGUAGAGCCGUCGUGUCUUCCAUUAGUGCUACAAUAAGUUGAUU